UCUUCAGUUCUGUGUUGUCUGUCGAUCCGGUUGUGUCUGUUGUUUUCCGUGCGUGCAGUCGACUGAUCCGCGGUACCCGUGGUUUUCCUUUCCAGUCCAUUAUUCGCUACGCUCUCCAUACAGUAUUAUUCGGUCUACAAUUGUAAUUACAAUUAUCACCACGUUGGCUAGCAAAUUUUAAUUGGAGUAUUCCGGGUCGGUUUACAAAUCAUUGCGUACAUUAGUGGCGGAUGUUUCUGGUCCUCUGGAGCCAUUCCAGAAGUGACAGUGAGCAGGAGAGACAUUUUUUCCGUUUCAAUGCGCAAAUAUUGUGGGUAAAAAUUCUCAAGUUUUACUAAAGAACAAAGUAAUUAAAAGAUUUUGUAUAAAAUCCUAAUAAUCGUGGUUGGAAGAAAAGGAAAAGUGCCACACAAAAAGAAACAUCGUAGAGCUCCCGUUUUUUUUCGCGUGCUUUUCACCGCAGUCGUCUUCGUCGUCUCGCUUAGUAGGUACGGUACGCUGGUGUUAUGUGUGACCACGAGUAACAGCGACUAACUAACGAGUUACUGGCACAUCGGAGUGGCGGUGUUCGCGUGUCGUAAAUCCGCGAGUAAAAGUGGAAAGCUUUUCCGAUAUUUUGGAAGGUUGAAUCGGUGAAUAUUGAGUUGAGUCGUGUGGCGAGCAUCGCCGCCAGCACGGGAAGCUAGCAGCAGUACGUACAACAAAAGCCGAAUUACUGCUGUGCCAAGCGGUCGAGCUGCUGCUGUGUGGUGUGGUGGCGCAGUCAGUGCAUCGAUUUCCACAUAUAUUUUUUUCGCUGAUAGAACCGUGGCUCCACGGUCUUCCGUGGUUUGAUAACGACGGAGUCAACCGCAGGAGCCAAUAAAUCACCAACAGUCAUCCAGACAAGAAACAUCAGUGCAGCAGCACAACGCGGAACUAACAUCAUAAACACGGACAACACGGAGCCAACCGACGACGAUGGAGGUAAGCAAUCACACAACUUCGACCCUAAGUCGGAGCAACAGCCGGACGAGUUCAAAUUCCGAACUGGAGAAGGAGUUGAUUGAUCUGGAAAUCAGUGGUACCAAUAAUAAAUCCAACACACUAAAAAAGCGGAUAUCAAGCAGUCGGACGCCGGCGAAAAAGGCCAAGCGAAUACGAUUCUAUCGGAACGGCGAUAAGUUCUAUUCCGGUAGCAUCAUACCAGUAUCGGGGGAGAGAUAUAGGUCAUUUGAUAGUCUAACAGAGGACCUAACGAGACUGUUAGAAGAUAGUGUCAUGCUCACUGGCGCCAUCCGGACAAUUUACACCCUCGAAGGAAAGAAAGUGGAAAAACUCGAAGACCUCGAGGAUGGUAAAAGCUAUGUAUGUUCCUGUAAUAAUGAAGGUUUCAAAAAGAUAGAUUACAACACUAACACUAAUAGUAAUUCUGCAGUAAAGAAUACAAACAGACUGUCUAGACUAAUACGUCCAUUAUCGCCUAUCAAAAAUGGCUCCAACGGUACGACACCUCUCAAAGAAUUCAGCUCCGUUGUACAUCCUAGGCUCGUAACUCUAAUUAGGAACGGCGUGAAGCCUCGUAAGAUCCUUCGGUUGCUGUUGAACAAACGUAACAGUCCAACGUACGACCACGUGCUACAGGCAAUCACGCAAUGCGUCAAACUGGACACUGGCUGUGUGCGGAAGGUGUUUACCCUGACGGGGGCGCCGGUGCUGAAGCUUGCGGAUUUCUUCGGCGAAGAGGAUGUCUUUUUUGCGUACGGAAACGAAAGGGUUGGGACCGAUGACUUCGAGCUGGAACCAGAGGAGCGAAAGACAAUCCAAUCCAAUAAGAAAACCCUGCGGAGCAACACAACACGGACGGGCCCGAAGCCCAAGAUGCCUAUCAAGAGCCACAACGACACGUUCGUGUGCGUAGACGAAACGGUGCUGAAUGGCGUCAUUUCGCCGGACUCGUUACCACUGGAGCUGCAGAGCAAGUACACCCUCGGGUCGAUAAUCGGCGAUGGUAAUUUUGCAGUAGUAUUAAAACUAAAAGAUAGAGCAUCAAAUGUCGAGCACGCACUGAAAAUUAUAGACAAAUCUAAAUGCUCCGGCAAGGGACACUACCUCGCGGCGGAAAUUCGCGUCAUGAAGAAACUGAACCACCCGUACAUCAUUCAACUGAUACAGGACAUUGAAACGAUGAAUAACAUGUAUUUGGUGCUGGAGCUUGUCCGCGGUGGCGAUCUGUUCGAUGCAAUCACCAGGGUAACGCGGUUUUCGGAGAACCAGUCCAAAAUCAUGGUCAAGCACCUGGCGUCUGCCAUGUCGUACAUGCACGCUCUCAGCAUCGUGCAUCGGGAUAUCAAACCGGAAAAUCUACUGGUUGAACUAGACAAGGACGGCAACGUUAUACUGCUGAAGUUAGGUGAUUUCGGAUUGGCUUGUGAAGUUACCGAACCACUGUUAUCGGUAUGCGGGACGCCAACUUAUGUAGCUCCGGAAAUUCUCAUGGAAACCGGUUAUGGUGUAAAGAUCGACGUCUGGGCAGCCGGCAUUAUUCUGUACAUUCUUUUAUGUGGUUUUCCACCGUUCGUAUCUCCGGACAAUCAACAGGAGCAACUGUUCGACGCAAUCCUAAACGGGUUCUUUGACUUCCCGGCGCCCUAUUGGAACAACAUUGGCGACAGUGUGCGUGAUCUGAUAAUCAAUAUGCUGCAGUCGGACCCCGAACUGCGAUUCUCCAGUGAAGACAUUCUCGACCAUCCGUGGCUGACCAGUAACGUAGUGGACGACACACGAGAUCCCAACGGGUACCGAAUCAUCUCCAAUAUGGUUUUCUAGAAGUAGAUUCCACUGCAAGACAACUCCACAAUGUAUUCUUUUGUUCGCGUACGGAAUGUUUGAUUGUUUUAUGUGUGUGAGAAUAGUGUAUAUGAUAUGUUGGAGUGAGCGCUGAAAGGCAAAUUCUAGUGGAAUAGAAUCUAUUCUUAUUACCUUUAGCGAAUCUUCUUAUGUUGCACGAGUAAAUCAUAAUCUGCAAAUUUUAUGUUUGUACUAUUAGUCACCAAAAUUUAUGUGAUGUAUAAGUUGCAUUAACUUGCACAGAAACAGAAUGCUUUUCUCAAAAAUUUCAUCCGAGCGCAAUUAUUUUCAUAGUCGUUAAUAAAUCCACUUUUGUGAUGCUACAAUCAUAUCACUGCUUCAGUACGAAAACCUUUGCACUAUUUAUUAUAACAAAUUGUACAUAGCAUGAUUAUAAUAGUCAUAUCUCUUUCAUCUCUGCCAAUAUAAGUUUCCCCGUGUUUCCAUUCUCUAUUUCAUAUCAGUAUCGCAUGAAACAACAGACGAAGAAGAAGCAGUGAUGUUUAUGGAUGAAGAUACUCUUUAGACGAUACAAACAUAGUAAUGAAAAUCAAGAAAACGCCAAAAAUGUGAGUUAUCUGGAUACUCGAGAUGCAUGUUCAAAGUGAAAGCAAAUCGUAAUACGCAAACGAGUAAGUGUGUUGUGAACUUAUAUCACGAUGACAUCGGGAAAGCGCUUGUCUAUCGAAUCAUACUGUACAUAGGUAUUUUAAGAUUGUUUAUAUAAAGUAAACACAAUGAAUCGCUAUACUGCUUUAAUAAUAUUAGAAUCAAUAAGUCAAAGAACAACAAGCCACCAUGAAAAAGUUCGCAAGCUUGUUCCAUUUGAUUCUUUUGAAAUGAUGGCAAGAUUCCAUUCACGAGAAACCUUCACCACAGCCCAGAAACAGAAAGUAUAUAUUUGUUCAUUCGUUGUGAUUAUUGCUGUUAGCAAUUGUAGAAUUUUAUUCAUUUGAAUAAUUUAAGCAUGAUUAUUUAUUAGGUACUAGGUUGAUGUUAGCUCAAUUUAUAUGUUGACCUUGGUCAGGUAACGCCGAUGAAUAACACUAAAAAGAAUACAAAAUGCAACCCAGUUGAGCAAUUAAAAAGUCGAAUGUAUAAAGUUAAAUUGUGUCUCCAAUAUCUCAAUUAUCUCGUUUCCUUUCAGUGCUAAUUUAUUUCUUGCUUUAUCUUUCUGUAAUAUUUGUAAAAUACGCAAAAAAUGAUAUUUGUUUUGUUUGUGAGAUUCAUUUUCAAAUGGAGCACGAGUUGAUAGUUUAUCCUUCAUUUCUAUUUUUGAUUGUUUAAGUUUGAUUUCUAAAGUAACAGGAUAAAAAUAUAACAACAAUCACAUUCGAAUUUGAAUGCAAAAAUGGCAUCCAACAUCCAUAAAUCAUAUGCAAAGAAGGGAUAUGAUAACUUUCUGGAUUGAAAUACAUGAGUACACCAGCAUGCAUAAUAUUUAUGUA